UAGCCACGCGGCAUUUAUUCAGCUACUUAUGAAUUAUGAUUGCAGUUGCACGAGAAAAGUCAAGUUGGCGUAGCACAUCAGACAUCGCAGAAAUUUCCUUGCACGACAUCUUAGUUCUAAAAAAUCCAACACAUUUAGCUUUUUUUUUUUUUUUUUAUCAGAUAAGGAGGUUGAAAAUUCAAACUUUCAGCUUUUAUCUUUCAAUGACUGCCGAGCUUUGAAAGAGAGGGUGCUUCAAAUGAAAUAGAAAAAGUAGAUAAGAAUUUGGUUUUUGAAAGAGAAGAGAUAAAAAGAGCGGUUUUGAUUCUUAAAAAAAAUAAAAGAUAAAAUUAUUUCUUACCAUCGGAUAAACUAUUUAUGGGCAUUUUCUUUUGUGACAAACUUUAAUGGGCUUGGCCUUCAAAAACUUUAAUGGCCUUAAAGCAUACCUAAACUUCUAGGGGCUGGGCCCAGAAUAGUUCAAAGAGAAUUCCCUUAGCCUCUAUCAUCAAACCUCAAGGCAGCGCAGACGAAAGACUUUGAAGAAGCUGGACAAGCUCCACUGAGUUAUUCUACACAAGCAUACAAAAUUUCCCAGGAAGGAAUUUCAGUCAUGGUUCUCGUGCUGUGAGUGAUUCUGGUGUUCAUUGUGCGGAAAGAGAUAAUUUUCUUGAUGAAAAUGGUGAUUAUGAUAAAUUUAGAGAUAUGAGUGUCCAGGAUUCUGGGGAGUUGAGUUUAUUUGGUGAUCAUAAUGAUGGGUGUCAAAAGAAUCCAAACCUGAAUUUUGAUGAGUUUGCAGUGGAAGAAGAAGGAGAUGAUUGUCAUGAUGAUGGUGAUAGUUUUAUGGUAUUGAAUUCGUGUAAUGGACAUCACGUGCAAACAGAGGAUGUUUGGAGAGUUAAGCUGGAGGAAGAUGAAUUUAGGCACCCUUUGGUGAGAGAGAUAUGUAGAUUGAUUCAACUUAGAUCAGCUUGGAAUCCAAAGCUCGAAAGUGACCUGAGGCACCUGCUAAGAAGUCUCAAACCUCGUCAAGUUUGUGCUGUUUUGCUUUCUCAGGAUGAUGAACGUGUUGCUUUGCAGUUCUUUUAUUGGGCUGAUAGGCAAUGGCGGUACCGUCACAACCCAAUUGUAUAUUAUGUAAUGCUUGAGAUCCUUAGUAAGACUAAAUUGUGUCAAGGUGCUAAACGGGUUCUUCGGCUCAUGGCACGUAGGGGAAUUGAGUGUCGGCCUGAAGCAUUUGGUUAUUUGAUGGUGUCAUAUAGUAGGGCUGGCAACUUGAGGAAUGCAAUGAAGGUAUUGACCUUAAUGCAAAAGGCUGGAGUUGAGCUGAAUUUGGCUGUAUGUAAUACUGCAAUCCAUGUUUUGGUUAUGGCAAAUAAGUUGGAGAAGGCACUGAGAUUCUUUGAAAGAAUGCAAAUUGUUGGAAUUAUCCCUAAUGUUGUCACUUAUAACUGUUUGAUCAAGGGAUACUGUACUGUGCAUCAGGUUGAAAAUGCUUUGCAGCUGAUUGCUGAAAUGUCAUCUAAAAACUGUUCUCCAGAUAAAGUUAGUUAUUACACCAUAAUGAGUUUCCUUUGUAAGCAAAAACAGGUCAAUGAAGUGAGGGACUUAAUGGAGAAGAUGGCAAAAUACAAUAAUCUGUUUCCUGACCAGGUUACCUAUAACACUCUUAUCCAUAUGCUAUCCAAGCAUGGCUAUGCAGAUGAGGCUCUUGAAUUUUUAAGGGAAGCUGAAGUGAGAGGAUUUCAAAUUGAUAAGGUUGGGCAUAGUGCAAUAGUUCACUCUUACUGUAAACAGGGAAGAAUAAAUGAGGCAAAAAGUAUUGUGAAUGAAAUGUUGUCAAAGGGUUGCAGUCCUGAUGUGGUGACUUAUACUGCCGUUGUUGAUGGUUUUUGUCGCAUUGGGAAGCUGGAACAAGCUAAAAAAAUGCUACAGCAUAUGUACAAGCAUGGCUGCAAGCCCAACACUGUAUCAUAUACAGCUUUCUUAACUGGUCUUUGUCGGAAUGGGAGUUCAUUACAGGCAAGAGAGAUGAUGAAUGUUAGUGAGGAAGAGUUAUGGACCCCAAAUGCCAUCAGUUAUAGUGUUGUGAUGCAUGGACUGCGUAAGGAAGGAAAAUUAUGUGAGGCAUGUAAUGUAGUGAAGGAGAUGGUUAGCAAGGGAUUUUUCCCAACCCCGGUUGAAAUUAACUUGAUAAUUCAGUCACUAUGUCAAGAGGGUAAAAUGGAUGAGGCUAAAAUGUUUUUGGAGGGAUGUCUGAAUAAGGGUUGUGCUGUUAAUGUUGUAAACUUUACUACUCUUAUUCAUGGAUAUUGUCAAAAGGAUGACCUGGAGGCUGCUUUGUCAUUGCUUGAUGAUAUGUAUCUUAGCAACAAACAUCCUGAUGCAGUCACAUAUACAACAGUAAUUGAUGCACUUGGAAAGAAUGGUAGAAUAAAAGAGGCAACUGAUCUUACCAUUAAGAUGCUAAAAAAGGGGUUGGAUCCAACUCCUGUUACGUACAGAACAGUCAUUCACAGAUAUUGCCAGAUGGGUAGGGUGGAAGAUCUGUUGAAAUUGUUGGAAAAAAUGCUUUCUAGGCAGAAGUGCAAAACAGUGUAUAAUCAAGUUAUCGAAAAGCUUUGUAGUUUUGGAAACCUUGAGGAGGCUGAUAAAUUGUUGGCUAGGAUUUUGAGAACAGCAUCCAGAACUAAUAUUAACACCUGUAACUUGCUUAUGGAAACUUACUUGAUCAGGGAGAUGCCUCUAUCUGCAUAUAAAGUUGCUUGUCGAAUGUUCAACAGAAAUCUGAUUCCUGAUCUUAAAUUAUCUGAGAAGGUGAGUAAGCAACUCGUGUUAGAAGGAAAAUCUGUGGAGGCAGAUAACCUCAUGCUACAGUUUGUUGAGCGCGGAUGCCUUUCACCUCAAUGUGAAUAAAAUUGGAUAAUGAGGCUGUUUAAUAUCAGACUGCUGUAGAUAUUGUUCUGAUGCCAUAUUUCAAAUUGUAUAACUCUGGGAACUUUCUCUUUGAAGUUCAGUGGCUUUAAAAUGGAAAUUAUGAAUUCAAAUGGGGUGAACAUCGUGUUUUCAUUUCUGUCUUGGGAUGUAAUUAAUUGAAAUAGGGUCAGCGAGAGGAAAGCAGGUUCUGUGCAGAGCCAAGUGGUCAUAUCUGAAAUGACCUGGUAAUCGCUCUGGAAAAUCAGAGUCAGAGCAACAAAUGCAGUGUUUUGAUCUUCAGAUGUUCGUGCAAAUCCUGUUGGUCAGCACUGGAACGAAUGUUAAUCAGUGAAAUUUGUGGCCACAAGAUCUGGUCGCAGAAUUUGAAGUACUCAAGUUUCUCAUGAGGGAUUCAAUGGCAUUACAACUGGCCAAUGAUAUUUCGGAAAUUGCUAAGGAUUUGGUUUCGAGGGGACUGAUAUUCUUCCACUCUUGACCUGUCAGUGGUACAUUGUUAGUUAAAGAAAAUAAAGUUAUCAUAUUAUGAUAGUAAACCAUACGGCUUCGAUAUUUGCAACUACUCAUUGAAGGCAUCUCCCUGUUAAAGGAGCCAAACAAUCUGGAAAGAUGAAAAAGGAGAAAUACAAAGGUGGAGGAGCCCUGGUUUAAGAAAAUGGUGGGGCUUUCACUCGCUUUUGCUUUAGCAUUUCAAUUGGAUAUAUCAAAAGGGGUAUCUUAUGUCGAAAGGCACCAUAUGGAACCUUCUAACAUGUCUGCUUCAUGGCCGACCUAUCCAGCUGCCAAAGGUUCUAUUGUUCACUUCCUUUUUGGUGUACUAAUGAAAUUUAUUUCCCUUGUGAAAUUCACUCUUAAGACAGGACUGUGCUUUGUUGGAGUUCAAUUGUUUGACUAACAAAAACCGAAUGUCUUUUUUAAAUGAAAUACGAUAAGAUUGUAACUUUGAAGGCCUAAACCUUGGGUUAAGCCUUACCCUGGAUUAAAAUUUCUUUAUCUUAUGAUAUGAGAUAUUUUAGGUUAAGUCCCAUGAUGUCUUAGAAUUGAGAAAUAACCAAGGUGCUGCCUACCGUUUCGGGAACAUAAGUUAUGUACGUAUUUGGAUCCAGAAAAAUCUAAACUACCCUCUUCUUCCUCGUCUUUUCCAAGACCAAAACAACCCCAUCCCAAUAAUUUCAUUCAUCAACCCCAUCCCGAUAUUCGUUAUCCUGUUU